AUGCAAAUCGAGUCCGAAAACCUCGAUAAAAAAGUAGGCUUUUUUCUUAGUGGAUGGCUGUGGAUUAAAGGGCUUAUAGAAAAGUUUUUUGCCAAACUUCGAGAAAUCGCUAAACAAAUCGAAAAGACAGCGAAAGACGACCCGAGAAGAUUGAUCCACUCGUUGAAAGUCGGAGUUGCACUAACGUUAGUCUCGUUGUUUUAUUACUGUCAGCCUUUGUACCGCAGCUUCGGUGUUUCUUCAAUGUGGGCUGUCAUGACUGUGGUCGUCGUCUUCGAAUUCUCCGUCGUUUUUUUUUUCGAAGGCGCGACACUCGGAAAAGGGCUAAACAGAGGAAUGGCGACUUUGGUAGCCGGUGGACUCGGCAUUGGAGCUCAUUACUUAGCUAUGGUGGCCGGAAAAACAUGCGAGCCGAUUCUGAUUGGACUGUUUGUCUUCCUGCAAGCGGUGGCGUCAACGUUUAUACGGUUCUUUCCGAAAGUGAAGGCUAGAUACGACUACGGGAUGUUGAUAUUCAUACUGACGUUUUGUCUAGUCGCUAUAUCCGGUUUGCGGAGCGACGAGAUAAUCGAGAUUGCUCGGAAAAGGGUGUUGACCAUACUCGUCGGUGCGUUGACUUGCGUCGUUGUUUCGGUUUUCAUUUACCCCGUGUGGGCUGGUGAAGAUCUUCACUUACUUGUUGCUCAACAUUUAGACAAACUUGGUCAUUUCUUAGAAGGUUUUGGAGAGAGGUGUUUAAGAACAAUUGAGGAAUCAGAUAAUCUUGUUGGAUUGAACACUGUUCUUGAUUCCAAAAGCAGAGAAGAAAUCUUGGCAAAUUUUGCAAGAUGGGAACCAGGGCAUGGAAAAUUCAUGUACAGGCAUCCAUGGAAACAGUAUUUGAAGAUUGCGAGUUUGACCAGGCAGUGUGCCUCUCGAGUUGACUCACUCAACGCCUACCUAAAUUCUAAAUCUCAUGCACCGAAAGAAAUCCAGGGAAUAAUAUCAAGUAUGAGUAGAGAAUCAGGGAAAGCACUGAGAGAACUGUCAUUGGCAGUUGAAACGAUGACCAGGCCGUCACCCUAUCCAAACUGCCACGUGUCAAGCCUUAAAGCCGCGUCGAAGAACCUGAAUUCGUUACUAAAGUCGGAAUUGUGGGGGGAACACGCGAAUCUUCUCCAGGUAAUACCGGUCGCUGCGGUUGCUUCCCUGCUCGACGAUACAGUUACUAGCGUUGAAAAGAUUGCUGACGCAGUUGAUGAGCUCAGCUCCCUCGCCAAUUUCGGAAAUGCAAUUGGAGGAGAAACUACAGAGGAUAAAAGUAGAAACGGCGUCGUUACACUUGUUGGAAUUGUAAUUGAAGGAAGUGAUCAGGUUAAAAAAGGACAAUCAUCUGGUCUACAGGCUGGUUAGAACAAAUGUCGGUGUACAUAUGUUGUAAUAAAAUAUUGGAUUUUGAUUAUUUUUGUCACAUUUUAUGAAUUAUUAGGAUAAGAUUUCUCUAAUUCCUUAAUGGCGGAAUUUAGAGAAUUUAUGUAUUUUUUAAUUAGAUUUUGGUUGAUGUGCUGUCCGGUAAAGAUUUAUGGGGAAUAUUUGAUUUCCUGAUAAAUCAAUUACCCAAUCAUAGGUCUGAAAAUUGGAAUGAAAUUUUUGAAUUCGGCUCA